UAUUCUCACUCACUCACUCUCUCUCUCUACAUUAUUGUUUUUUUUUUUCUUUCUCAGAUUCUUGGGAGAGGAUGUUUUUGAAGAUUGAAUCUAUGGCUGAGGUGUUUAUACUCAUGCUUUUAGCUGUUUUUGUUGUUGCAGCAGCUGAUGAAGGCAUGAGCAAAAAUGCUUGGUGGAUAUGAGAAAGAAUGCUUAUUGGUUGUGAUCUUCAUUCUUCUGUGAAGUUUAGUAGCUAGAUAUUAAAUUAUUAGAACAUAAAGAAUGACAGACGAGGAAGCACCAUUUGUCGGUGUUAAUAUUGGAACAGACCUCUCUGACAUGCCCCACCCAACUCAAGUGGUAGCACUCCUCAAAGCCCAGCAGAUAAGGCAUGUCCGACUCUAUACUGCCGACCGUGGGAUGUUAGUUGCCCUUGCAAAUACUGGCAUUCAGGUUAUGGUCUCUGUGCCUAAUGAACAGAUCUUGGGCAUAGGUCAGUCAAAUUCCACUGCAGCUAAUUGGGUCUCCCACAAUGUUGUUGCUCAUUAUCCAGCCACCAAUAUUACAGCCAUUUCAGUGGGUUCCGAGGUUCUCACUGCCCUUCCUAAUGCAGCACCAGUCCUUGUCAAUGCCCUGAAGUUCGUUCACUCUGCCCUUGUGGCGUCCAAUCUAGAUCGCCAAAUCAAAGUUUCAACACCCAUUUCUUCCUCCAUCAUCCUUGACUCCUUCCCACCUUCCCAAGCUUUCUUUAACCGCUCAUGGAACCCUGUUUUGGUUCCCAUGCUCAAUUUCUUGCAGUCGACCGGCUCAUACCUUAUGCUCAAUAUAUACCCUUACUAUGACUACAUGCAAUCAAAUGGCGUGAUUCCAUUAGAUUAUGCACUCCUCAAGCCUCUUGCUCCAAACAAAGAAGCUGUUGAUGCAAAUACACUAGUCCACUAUUCCAAUGUCUUUGAUGCUAUGGUUGAUGCUGCAUACUUUGCUAUGGCUUUUUUAAACUACACCAACAUUCCUGUCCUGGUGACCGAGUCUGGCUGGCCAUCAAAAGGUGAUUCUAAUGAGCCAGAUGCAACGAUAGAAAAUGCCAAUACUUACAACAGCAAUUUGAUCAGGCAUGUUUUGAACAAAACUGGAACUCCCAAACACCCUGGAAUUGCUGUUAGUACAUAUAUUUAUGAGCUAUACAACGAGGAUAUGAAACCUGGAUCAGUCUCAGAGAAGAAUUGGGGAUUAUUUAAUGCAAAUGGAGAGCCUGUUUACAUAUUGCACCUGACUGGGUCAGGAUUAGUGCUGGCCAACGACACAACAAACCAAACUUACUGUGCUGCAAAGGAAGGUGCUGAUCCAAAGAUGCUACAGGCUGCUUUGGAUUGGGCAUGUGGUCCUGGCAAGGUUGAUUGCUCACCUCUUUUGCAGGGAGAAGCUUGUUAUGAACCGGACAAUGUAAUCGCACAUGCAACUUACGCUUUUGAUAGUUACUAUCAUCAAAUGGGGAAGGCUCCUGGUACAUGUGACUUCAAUGGUGUGGCAGCUGUGACCACCACAAAUCCAAGUCAUGGCACCUGUAUAUUCCCAGGAAGCUCUGGCAAGAUCAACGGUACCCUGGCAAAUAUUACUGCUCCAUCAAUGAAUUCCACAAGCUCAGAUUCUCCUGCGCAAAAAUUUUAUAAUAGCAGAUUCAUGAGCAUUUCAAUGCUUCUCAGAGUUGUAAUUUGGAUCCUAGCGGUGUUGUAGAGUGGUAAAAUGUUUUGCUAUUCAUCCAAAAUUUUUGGGAAUGAUUUCUAUUACAUUACCUCUUCACUUGGUGAAGGUGUCUAAAUGGUAAGAAGCAGGAGGAGUUAUUUCUAGGUUAGUGGUAAAUUGAAUUUUGUACAAAAAGAGUGCUUAGACCAAUUCUGGCUUCAACUGAAUUCUAUUAUUAUUUUUAGAGAGACUUGUGAUUUUAAUGCAUUAUUAUUCGUCUCAA